UGGUAGGUCACCUUCAUGUCUCAUCAAGGAUAUCUUCCAUCUUAUGCUUUAUACAGACUAAUUAAUAUCACUAUUUGUCUUCAACAGGUGGUGCGAGACCUUUACCCUCCAAGUCCUUCAACCUCAAGAGAAGAGCCUCAUCCUCCAAGAGAAGAGUCUCACCCUCCAAGAGAAGAGCCUCACCCUCCAAGAGAAGAGCCCCCCCCCCCCUCAAGAGCCUCACCCUCCAAGAGAAGAGGCUCACCCUCCAAGAGAAGAGGCUCACCCUCCAAGAGAAGUGCCCCCCCCCUCAAGAGCCUCACCCUCCAAGAGAAGAGCCUCACCCUCCAAGAGAAGAGCCUCACCCUCCCAGACCUUCAUCCUCCAGAGCUUCCAUCCUCCACAGACCUGUCUCCAGCCAGACCCCUCCAAGGAAGUGGGGAAUACGGAUCAUCCAAGAUGGCGACCGAGAAACGGAUGUCGUCCAGCCGCAAGCACAACGUGAAGAGCUGCAUGCUGACCGUGGCCAAGGAACUGCUGGAGGCUGAGGCCGUGGUGAAGGCAGAGGAGAGGGACAAGUUCCUGCAGGACAACUGUCCUCCCCUCGACGUGCCCUACUCCAGAGAGGAGCUCACAGAACUCUGUCUGUUGCUCCACGACGAAAUCAACCUGGGGGAAGAAGAGAAGUACGGCAUCGAGUUUAAACUGGGCCUGGUUCUGAACGAGGUCAGAGAUCUCAACAUCAAGAUUGUUGAUCUGAGAGGGAAGUUCAAGAAGCCCAAACUGAAGAAGGUGCGCAUGUCUGCUGACGCCAUGCUGAAGGCCCUGCUGGGCUCCAAACACACCGUCAACAUGGACCUCCGGUCCAACCUCAAGCAGGUCAAGAAGGAGGUCAAGGAGGAGGACAAGCAGCUGAGGGAUGUGGGCGACUGGCGUAAGAACAUCGAAGACAAGUCUGACAGGAAGAAGAUGUUCGACAGUUAAAAAUUGAGAAAGCUGAUUGGUUGCUGGAUGGUUAAAACUACGUGAUUGGUUGUUUGAAAUGAGAAUCAGACGGUAUUCUAAACUGCGUUUAUCUAAAGAACCACAAAACCUUUUAGUCAGAAGACUUCUUCAAAUACGUUAUUAUUUAUGAACCUAAAAUUUAAUUUUGAAUAACAAUUUCUUUUUCUGAGAAUGAUAUUGCAAAUUUAGUGAGAAAUUUAAAUGAAUAAAGAAAGUAAUACUUUGAGAAUUUUCUUUCAAAUUGUUUUUUUUGGAUCUCAAGUCAAGUUUACAGAUUGUUUUUUGAAAAGUUCUCUAAAAGAGAAGAUGCCAAGGAAAUGUCUAAAUGCAGUUGGAAUUCCUUGAUGUAAAGAUUUGAAUUCAUGACUACAUGUCUUCUUAAGUUGGUCAACAUUGUCCUGUAUUUGAAGAACUGUAGAACAAUAUCUCUUCAAUGUAUUUUGUUUUAUUCUUGAGAUUAAAAACAAAUGUUUUACGGUC